AACUUGUUACUUUCAAUUCCACACUUGUUUGCAGAAAACGACCAACACGAUGACGAACGAGAAACGACCACCGGGUGGCGUAGUUCACCAUGUGGACGCAGAGGAUGCGUAUCGGCAGCUGACUCCGAAAAAUAACCUACAACUGAUCAGCCCUACGCUGAAGGCAGCGACGGCGUCGGGAAAGGCGAAAGAUGCUGAAGAGGGAACCAUCCCUGGACUGUAUGGGUCGGCCGUGGAGCUGGCGCGGGCCGCCAGCAAACGCAGCAACCGAAUGCAGCUCAUGAUGAGCAUUUUGGCAAAUCUGACGGUGCUAUCCUCCGGUAUGGGAUUGGGAUACUCAGCUAUCACAUUACACUCGCUCACCAGAGAAGAUGAUCCACUGAGGCUGAAUUCGAACCAGGCGUCGUGGUUUGCUUCCAUAAAUUCUAUAGCGUGCCCCUUCGGUGGACUGAUAUCAGGCUAUUUGCUGGAUCGCAUCGGACGAAAGUGGACCCUGGUGCUAAUCAAUGUGCUGUCCAUCGUGUCGUGGGCGUUGAUUGCCGUGUCGAGCAGCACCAACUUCGAGCUGAUGUAUACGCAGAUUCUGAUUGCCCGGGUUGUGAUAGGUCUGGUGAUCGGCUUGGUGAGCGCUCCCGCGUCAAUCUACUCGGCGGAAAUCGCCACACCGAGCAUGCGCGGUCGCCUUACCGUAUUCACUUCGCUGGCGAUCGCCCUCGGCAUCCUGAUGAUCUACACCUUCGGGUACUUUAUUCCGGAGAACUUCCGCAUGGUGGCCGCCAUUGCAGGGGGAUGCUGCGUGUGCUCGCUGCUGAUGCUGAUCCCGCUGGCCGAAUCGCCUGCGUGGCUAAUGUCCAAGGAGCGAGAAUCGGAAGCGGAACGAUCGCUGAAGAAGAUCCGCGGGUUCGGAAGCUGUGAGAAGACGAUCCCGGAAAUUGAACAUGAGCUGUCGCGGCUGAGAGAUAACGUGGAGGCGCAGAAAUUGGCUGGGAAGGAACGCUUCGUGGAUCUGAUCAGACAGCCUCAGGUCUACAAGCCUCUGGGAGUAAUCAUCGGAUUCUUCGGAUUUCAGCAGUUCUCCGGUAUAUUCGUAGUCGUUGUCUACGCAGCGAAGGUUUCGUCGGAGGCUAGCGUUUCGAUCGAUCCCUUCUUGUGCACGGUUCUGAUCGGGGUGACACGAGUUAUCGCUACUGGCAUGGUGGCCUACAUUUUGGACACGCUUGGGCGCAAACCUCCAUCGAUCUUCUCCGGCGUGGGAAUGGCCGCUUGCAUGUUCGGGAUUGCUGCUUGCAUUUUCCAUCCUCCAGCGGAGAACCUACGAUGGCUUCCGACGUUUCUAAUCAUAACCUACAUCUUCACCAGUACCCUGGGAUUCCUCACGAUGCCCUUCAGCAUGCUGGCCGAGCUGUUCCCGCAGAAAGUUCGUGGACCCGCGUCCGGAGUGACCGUCUUCUUCACCUACUUGAUGUCGUUUGCGAUCAUCAAACUGUAUCCAACUAUGGUCGCCGGUAUGGGCAGUGCAAAUGUGUUCAUUUUCUACGGAGCCGUAUCGUUACUUGGUGUCGUGUACGUGUGCUACGUAGUGCCCGAAACCAAGGGCAAAUCUCUACAAGAAAUCGAAGACUACUUCCGAGGGAAACCGCUUACCAGGCGAUCGAGUCAAUCGGCCGACGAAGACUCCGCAGAUCUGUCGUCAUCGUCCUCCGCCGAGGCCUAAGUCGGCGCGUCAUUGCUCAACUAAUCGCACGUACUUAAAAGAUCAUUUCUCUUCAUUGAUGAGUGCGUCAUUCUAUUUAUUUUAAGUGUGGCGAAAAGUUUUAAUUGUUUUGAUGGACGCGAAACGGACAGUGAUGGAAGGUUAUCGAAAUUUAUCAAACGGUGCCGAUUGUCGGCGGAAUGCGCUUUUGAGUUAAUAUUUCGACUCCGUAGAUAAUAAUCCGUGGGAUUCUGUUGAUUAGCGUGUGCGAAUUUAAAUCAAUUGGGGGAAAUUGCUUUCGGCAUGUUGCUGCGCAGAUAUCAAAGCUAUAUAGUUGAUUGAUAAGUCCUGGAAUAAUUCAGUUCCAUCACUCAUAGCAGUUACCGUACUGUGAUAGAUUCAAUACUUUAAAUGAAUGUUUGUUGAUGAAAACAUGUUUUUAUGUAGGCUAGUAGUUUUACCCAGUGAACUAUGUGUUUUGUGAGUUUUAACUAUAAUUUAGCACGGAAAUAAAUUGUUUUGAAUGAA